AUUUUGUUUUUCAGGGUUCUUUGGAAGGGUGUCUGGGGCGAGUUUGCACCAAACCAGCAGCUGCAGUUGUCACAGUUCUAGCUUCAGCUUCGCGAUGUUUCCCUUGGCCAAAAACGCACUAAGUCGUCUCCAAGUUCGAAGCAUUCAGCAAAGAAUGGCAAGGCAGAGCCACCAGAAAAGGACCCCUGAUUUCCAUGAUAAAUAUGGUAAUGCUGUAUUAGCUGGUGGAGCCACUUUCUGUAUUGCCGUGUGGACAUACACAGCAACACAAAUUGGAAUAGAGUGGAACCUGUCCCCUGUUGGCAGAGUCACCCCAAAGGAAUGGAGAGAUCAGUAAUCGUGCCUGUUGAUGUAAUGCUGAAUUGUUUCAAAACCAAGUAUAAGCACUGCAUUCCCAUGAAAAGAUGACACAUUUAAGAAAUAAAGUACAUUUGAAACCUUCAUUGUAAGGUUUUGUU